UGCUGAGAUCUGUGCCCUGUCUUGUACCCACUGUGCUCCUUCUGUUCCCCUCCUCCAGAGAGCUCACCAUGGUCAAUGAGACCCAGCAUACCUGCAGUACCAGUUCCAGCUCCAAGUCUGAUGCUGGCAGCAGUAGCGGGAGUGAGAGCUCCAAGGACAGCUCACGCUGCUCCACCCCUGUCCUCGAUGCUGACCGUCAUGAGCGGCUGCGGGAGAAGAUGCGUCGACGGCAGGACUCUGGAGACAAGUGGUUCUCCUUGGAGUUCUUCCCUCCACGCACAGCCAAUGCUGCUGUCAAUCUCAUCUCCAGGUUUGACCGCAUGGGAGCAGGUGGUCCACUCUUCAUUGAUGUGACGUGGCACCCUGCUGGGGACCCAGGCUCUGAUAAGGAAACAUCUUCCAUGAUUAUUGCCAACACUGCGGUCAACUACUGUGGCCUGGAGACCAUCUUGCACAUGACAUGCUGCAAUCAGACCAAGGAUGACAUCACAGGGCAUCUGCAGAAGGCCAAGCGGCUUGGGUUGAAAAACAUCAUGGCAUUGCGUGGAGAUCCUGCCGGUGAGGAGUGGGAGGAAGAAGUAGAUGGCUUCAACUAUGCUGUUGACCUGGUUAAGCACAUUCGCAAUGAAUUUGAUGAUUACUUUGAUAUCUGUGUGGCAGGCUACCCCAAGGGUCAUCCUGAAGCAGAGAGCUAUGAGGCAGACCUGAGGCACCUGAAGGAGAAAGUCUUUGCUGGGGCAGACUUCAUCAUUACGCAGCUUUUCUUCCAAUCAGAAACCUUUCUCAAGUUUAUGAAGGACUGUCAAGCCAUUGGCAUCACUUGCCCCAUUAUUCCUGGCAUCUUCCCCAUACAGGGUUACCACUCCCUGUGCCAGCUGGUGAAGCUCUCCAAGCUGGAAGUACCUCAAGAAAUUAAAGAUGUGGUUGAACCUAUCAAGGACAAUGAUGCAGCUAUCCGGAACUACGGAGUGGAGCUGGCAGUGUCCAUGUGCCGGGAGCUGUUGGAUAGCGGCAUGGUGCAUGGGCUCCAUUUUUACACCCUCAAUCGGGAAGUGGCUACUACUGAAGUCCUUAAGCGCCUGGGCAUAUGGAAGGAGGACCCCAGGCGGCCUCUGCCCUGGGCAGUCAGCGCUCACCCCAAGAGAAGAGUUGAAGAUGUUCGGCCAAUCUUCUGGGCCUCUAGGCCAAAGAGUUAUAUCUAUCGAACUCAAGAAUGGGAUGACUUCCCCAAUGGCCGAUGGGGUAACUCCUCCUCUCCAGCCUUUGGGGAGCUGAAGGACUAUUACCUCUUCUACCUGAAGAGCAAGUCUCCCCGGGAGGAGCUCCUGAAGAUGUGGGGAGAAGAGCUGACUGGUGAGGAAAGCGUCUUUGAGGUGUUCACGUGUUACAUCACUGGAGAACCCAACAAGAACGGGCACAAGGUUACGUGCAUGCCUUGGAAUGAUGACCCCCUUGCCACUGAAACCAACCUUCUGAAGGAGCAGCUGGAGAAAGUUAACAGACGAGGAAUCCUGACCAUCAACUCCCAGCCAAACAUCAAUGGCAAACCAUCCACAGACCCCAUUGUAGGCUGGGGACCCAGUGGGGGUUAUGUCUUCCAAAAGGCAUACCUAGAGUUCUUCACCUCCAGUGAGAUCGUCACGGCACUGCUCAAAGUGCUGAAGAAGUAUGAGUUGCGAGUGAACUACCACAUUGUCAAUGUCAAGGGCCAGAAUAUCACCAAUGCUCCAGAUCUGCAACCCAAUGCUGUCACUUGGGGCAUCUUUCCAGGCAGAGAGAUCAUCCAGCCCACUGUAGUGGAUCCUGUAAGCUUCCUUUCCUGGAAGGAUGAAGCAUUUGCACUGUGGAUAGAGCAAUGGGCCAAGCUCUAUGAAGAGGAGUCACCCUCUCGUAUGAUAAUCCAGUACAUCCAUGACAACUACUACUUAGUCAACCUGGUGGACAAUGACUUCCCCCUGGAAAACUGCCUCUGGCAGGUUGUGGAUGAUACUUUUGAGCUGUUGAACUCUCAGACUCAGCAGUGAAAACUCUAAUCCCUUACUUCCUCCUUCCAUCCACUGACUGCAGGGAGAGAAAAAAGCAGCUCCUG